CUUCCACGAACCGGGCAAAAGGCAUUGGUAAUGAUUAUGACGCACCAGGGAAAAUUCGUUUAACAUUUUUUCUGCGGCACUUGAACCAUUCGUGGACAUCAAGAAUGGCCUUUCAAAGGGUUGGAGUACUCAGUCGUGCGCUUUGGCAAAGUGGUAGCAGGACGCCGCCACUUCAAAGAAAAGUUGAAAACUUUUCCAGUAAAUAUGUGGUGCCCCGUGCUUCGUGCAGUUGUGAAGUGCAACGUGAAGAUGGACAUUGUAAGUCGUGUUUACCGCCAGUGGAGCCUCCUAAAACACGUUCCGCCCCGAAGCUCCAAGUUGGAGGCAAGAAACGCACAGAGGAGUCGUCAACAGUUCCAGGACGAUCCUACUCAUCCACCGCGCUUAAAGUGAACCAUAAAACGUACCUGUGGGCACGUUACAAUGAGAUGAAGCGACUAGUACACGAUCUUAUACCUCCGGGUGUCUGCAACCUGCUAAAUUCCUCUACCAUCUAUGCCAACAAUGAAGUGAGCCUCGAUGAGGUGGACAUAUACGGCUUUGAUUAUGACUACACUCUAGCCUUGUAUUCCAAUGCCCUUGAUGCGAAGAUCUACACCACUGCACGGGACUUCCUCAUCCAGCAUUUUAAGUACCCAGAGGGCAUCAGUAAGUACGACUACAUCCCCAACUUUGCAAUCCGUGGUCUUCACUAUGAUAUUCAGAAGGGACUUCUGAUGAAGAUAGAUGCUUUCCACUACAUUCAGCUGGGAACAGUGUACAGGGGUUUGAAAGCUGUUCCUGAUGAAGAGGUCUUACAGCUCUACGACGGAACACAUCAUGUCCCUCUGCACCAAGUCAGCGGCUUCUACGGAAAGGGACCCAGUGUGAAGCAGUUCAUGGACGUCUUCUCUCUUGCCGAAAUGACCCUCUUGGCAGUCGCCAAUGAUUUCUUCACCUCGAACGAUAUCGAGUAUGAUCCCGUGCACCUCUACAGGGAUGUUUCUGAAGCAAUUGGAAUGGUUCACAUCAAAGGCUACAUGUACAAAUGGAUUAUGCAAGACCUAGAGAAGUACAUCCUCAGUGGGGAGGAGACAUAUGCCGUUCUUCACCGGCUAGUCAGCCACGGCAAGAAACUUUUCCUCAUUACCAACAGUCCCUUCAGCUUUGUGGAUAAAGGAAUGAGGUACAUGGUGGGAAAAGACUGGAGAGACUUCUUUGAUGUUGUUAUUGUUCAAGCAGAUAAGCCUCAUUUCUUCAAUGACUGUGUCAAACCGUUCAGACGCUUGGAUAACAAUGGUGAUCUUCAGUGGGACAAGAUUACUAGUUUGGACAAAGGGCAAGUCUACAAACAAGGGAACCUCUACGACUUUCUCAGACUCACAGGCUGGAGGGGAUCAAAGGUGCUUUACUUUGGAGAUCAUCUCUACAGCGACCUGGCGGACCUGAUGCUGCGACACGGAUGGCGCACUGGAGCCAUCGUGCCUGAACUGGAACUGGAGACCAAAGUGGUGAAUACAGAGCAGUACGCACAGAGCCUGACCUGGAUGCAGGCCCUCACUGGACUACUGGAGCGCAUGCAGAUGCACAGAGAUGCGGCGUCCAGAGAGGUACUGCAGGACUGGAUGAAAGAGAGGGAGGAACUCCGAGCCAAGACUAAGAACCUCUUCAACCCUCACUUCGGCAGUAUUUUCCGCACUUGUCACAAUCCCACGUAUUUCUCUCGCCGCCUGUGUCGCUUCUCGGACCUCUACAUGGCGUCUCUCAGCUGCCUGCUGAACUAUGACCUCUCCUACACCUUCUACCCACGUCGCACGCCCCUGCAGCAUGAGGCUCCGCUGUGGAUGGACCAGCUGUGCACGGGGUGCAUGAAGACCCCGUUCCUGGAGGAAAUGGCUCACAUUCGUUAAUAUAUAGUCAAUUACUGACCAGUCACAGACUAGACCUGACCCUCUGUUGGGACGCACAAGCACACAUACACGUAUGUUUGCCAAGUUCCUGUGUUGAUGAUAAGACUGAUGUGUAUUAGAUAAUAAAGACAUUACGUUAUGUCGAUAACCUUGAAUGCUCAAUUAAAAUGAGCAUCUUAACCUGUCUCAUGCUGGAGGUGGGGCAGAUAUUAAGAACCAUUUAAGUGAUCAGAUUGCGGUUUUCCCAUUUUUUUGAUGCCGAUUUGAUAAAACUAGUCAUAUUGCUGCUGACUGUUUUGUUAGGGGCAAAGCUAAACUGUGGAGUGAGACUGCAAGGAUUAAUAAUACCUUUUUCAUCUCAAUCGCCGAAAGAAACAAGACACAAUUCUUAGAUUUUUAACUAAACUGAGUCAUUUUCUACCAAGCCUUGACUAAGGUCAGUGGAAAAUCUGGAUCUUGAAGACCAUGGAUUUGUUGUUUUGGAUACAAAAUAACGUCAACAUGCACAAGACUCAUCUCUUUCCGUAGAGAUUAGUGUGGAAACGCCUUAGUUGGACCAAGAUCAUUUUAGGUUUUCUCUGUUCCUCCACACUCUAGUUCUAUGUCUGACUCCAUGAGUUAAAAUGGAAUUAGAGUUUUAUUAGGAAGAAAUGGAACUAAUAUGUUAUAGAUUCCUAGUUUGUAGCAUUCACAUUCCCACUGUCCUUGUAAAAUAACAGAAACUUGUGUAUUGCUAUAUCAGGUAAACCUUGUUGUUAAAUCAUUUGUUAUACAAGCAUACCAUGUUUUAAUUUAAUUAGUGCAGUUCUCUAUUAGAUCGUGUGUAUAGCUAACAUUAGUAAUUGUCACUGAUUGUCUCUCCUGUUGCAGAUCAAUAAAGACCACUAAUGAA